AUGUCGGACUUUUCUAUAAAUGUAAGUGAAACAGGAAAAAGGAGUACAGAGAAUGAACUUAUGGUCAGGACCAAAUAAAGUUGGCAUCUGAAUGGGGCUACAACCAGGAUGAGAUAAUGGCGGCGCUGAAAACAAAUUCAAGAGAUGGAUCCAAAGAAUUCGAACGAUUCGAGAACUUUGACGUCAUGUUGGACAUUCUGAACAAAGUGUCCGGGAAGAGUGGGUCCGGCAAAAAACAUUGCACUCCCGGGUACUUGAGGACAUGAGAAUGAACCCAUUGAUCCCGUACUUUCAGAGAUUUGAUGUCCACUUCUGUGACAACUCUUCACCCGCACAGCUCCAAUCCACGUAGAAGUCUUUCCGUUGCAAGAUCUUCUUCCUUCCAUCUUUCCACUCCGAAGUGAGUCUUGAAUUCAUAAUUAAUUAAACUCAAUUGCUCUUCCAGAAGUACCCGAGAUUCCCACGACAUGGUACGUCUUUUAGCCACUUUGGAAAGAGAAAAAGAGCGUGACCGGAAAGAGGUCGACAGUCAGUUCACCAUUCUCAAGGUGACUCUCACUUUUGGAACGCGUCAAACUGGUUUCGAUUUUAGAACCGAAUAAACCAUUUGGAGAGCGAGAAAGAGGCGCUGCUGCAGGACAUUCAAGACAUGAAAAGAGUGUUGGAGGAGACAGAGAACGAGUUGAGGGACAAUCAGGAGGAGAAGCAUCGGCUCAUGGAGGAGAGCAUCGUGGCGGCGGACCGACUGGACAAGUUGGUAAGGAUCCUGUUCACUCUGGAUCUCAGGAUUGACUUUACCAUUCAGACCAUCCAAAACUACCGUCAACAACAAGAGAUUCAUGACCAAAAAGAGCUGUCUGAGCACCGAAAAAAGAUUUAUUCGGAGGAGAAAUCGCGGCGGGACGAGGAGAUUUUGAACCUUCAAAAGCAGAAGACCGACGUCGAAAUGGAGCUGGAACGGAAAAGUGCUUUGCUGGACGCUCAGACCGGGGUGACAAAGCGACUCGCGGAACAGAACUAUCAACUGGUGAGUAAGUCAUUCUGAAGAUCACUCCAAACCCACUGGCUUCCAGAAACCUAUGAUUCUACUCGAUGAACUGACCAAGAAGCACACUCAACUCGUCGACCUUUCCACAGAACUUUUACCCAAUGUGAACGCGGUCAAAGCACUGUACAAGCAACUGGUACGCGUCUUACCGACUCCAUCCGAAUGAUCCUCUUUUCAGUUCGACAGUUUUCCUCAACUAGAGCAAAAUGUGCAAGAGUCAAAGUCCCAAAUGGAGCAACGAGUGGCCGAAGUCGAGGAGCAGCUGAGCAGCCGCAACCGCGACUUCCAACGUCUCCAGGAGAAGCUCGUCGCCGAGUGCUGCAUCUGUCUCGCCACGAAGCCGUCGAUCGUUUUCAUGCCGUGCCGCCAUCUGAUCACGUGCUCCGGCUGCUACGACUCCAGCGACUUCCGCGAGUGCCCCACGUGCCGUUCCACCAUCGACAACUCGAUUACUGUUUUCAUGUGA